AUGGCCAUAAUAGGGCGUUUGUGUCACUGGAUUCGCAAAUCAAACUUCCAGAAUAGUCAGAAAUUCACUUACAAUUCAAGGCAAGGAAACUAUUUACAACUUGUACGGGUUAAUCAUUUCCAAUUAGACAGAGGGAGCUCUCAAAGAGAUCUGAAGGAUGUUUGUAACGUUACUAUACACAACCAUGACAAAGAAGAGGAAGGCCUGAGGAUUAAUAACGACUUAAAAGAUCAGACGGAAGUGGCGUCCUCAGAGCAUUCAGCUCAAAAGCCUCCUCAAGAUUUUACGAGUGCUCUAGCAACGGGGGUUGAGUACGUUGAAUGUGACUCCAAGGAGUUUUUAUUCUUGUUACUUGUAACUAUAAUUGGUACUGCGAUUGCAGCUCCAGCACAAGCAUUUGCAGAUACUGUAACGCUUCAAAGUCUCAACGGGGAAACUCAUAAGUAUGGUCGAGUAAGACUCUGGGGAUCUCUGGGUUGGGGCAUUGGAGGAUUUUCCGUCGGAGCUGCAGUCAGCGCGAACUAUCACACAAAUCAAUGCGGUGAGACUGUUAUCGACUAUAUGCCAUGUUUUUACGUUUAUGCGGCGGCAAUGAGUGUGGCGUUUGUAUGCGCUACCCAGUUUCAAUUUGAUCAGCCUUUUGUCAAAGAAGAACAAGAAGUAAAUGUCGUAGAUGGCUCAAAGACUCAAAAAAUUCUACAAGGACUCAAGGUUUUUCGCAAUCCUCAAUUCUGUUUUGUCAUGUUCAUUGCGUUUUUUUGCGGUUCAGCCACGGGAUUUAUAGAAACUUUUCUAUUUUGGUAUCUUCACGAAUUAGGGGGAGGGCAGUUAUUAUUCAGCGUUAUAAAUGGGCUUAACUGUGCGGCAGAAGUAUGUGUGUUUUUUGUGACCGACAAGUUACUCAGUUUUCUCGGACACAUCAAUGUUAUCUACGUCGCGUUGUUUUGUUACUCUCUCCGCUUUACAUAUUUCUUUUUCAUGAAAAGUCCUUGGGCAGUUUUACCUGCUGAAUUACUCCAAGGAAUUACCACGGCAGCAUUCUGGUCAUCGUGUGUUUCAUACGUUGGUUUACAUCCCGGAGCAUCAAACACAGUUCAAGGAAUUCUAAGUGGAGUUUACAUGGGACUUGGUUUCGCGUCUGGUGGGUUUAUGGGAGGAUUUCUUGUCCAAUUUGCCGAAAUGAAGACUUUGUUUCUCUUAUACGCUCUUGCUAGUUUUUGUGUCCUUAUAAUUUUUGUUGUUUUAAACAAGGUCGAAUCAAAACCAUAAGAUAACUCAUUUAUCUCGCUCU